AUUUGCUUUUAGCUUACCCUCUUUAAAUUUUAUAGAACCUAUGCAACGUUAUCAAUGGAAAAUGCUGCCUCAGGGUAUGGCUAAUAGUCCUACUUUAUGUCAACAGUUUGUAGCUCAAGUUAUUGCUCCUGUUCGUAAACAGUUCCCUCAGAUAUAUUUUAUUCAUUAUAUGGAUGACUUAUUACUUGCUUAUUCUGAUAAACAUAUUUUACUUAAGGCUUAUAAUUCCCUUCAAAGUCAUUUGUCACGAUCAGGACUAGUCAUUGCUGCUGACAAAGUACAGAUGAACCCACCUUUCUCAUAUCUUGGGAGGCAGACUCUCCUCGGUGGCUCCCGGAGCGCUUGGUUCGACAUUAUCAUGCCAUCACCAAUAAACACCCUAACUCGAAGAAUGCGUCGCCUGAGGCUCUCGCAAUCGACCACAGCACACCCCAACUGGUUCCCCCGGCAGACGAGAAGAAUGCGGCGACGGAGUAGGAGACAACUUGUCAGGGAGGCGAGGGGAGAUCGAAAUCAAAUUACUUGGUAUCAAUUGCAAUGUUUAGUAUUUCAAGCACAUAGGAUUAUGGAGGAGAGUGCUCAUCCUCGCUCUCCUCUUACCUUUUUUUUAGCCAUGAUAGCUGUAUUGGCAGCCCCACCUAUAGAGGCUAAAUCUUAUUGGGCUUAUGUACCCGAUCCUCCUUUAUUACAACCUGUUACAUGGUCUGAAGCUGACCUUCCAAUUUUCUAUAAUGAUUCUACUUUUGGAAGAGUGCUAGGAAAUUUGCCUAUUACUAAUACUUCUGUUAAUUACUCUAAUUGGUUUAAUACUCCCCCUGUUUGUUUAAGUCCUAUGAGUACCAAUUCUGGUUGUGUUAAGGCUGUUGCUUUAGAACAUGCUAUUUCUUACCAAACCACUGUAAAUUCUCAAUUUUUUACUCAUUUACGUAAAAAUUAUAAAGCUGUGGGAUCUAAUAUUUGUCUUCCUUGCAAACAGACUGUUCCUAGACGAGAAGAUUUAUCCACCUUUGUAUUUUGGUAUAAGGAUAACGUUCCCAUUCACAUGAAUGCUAGAGUAACUAAGCUUGCUUCUAAUACUUCGUUGGGUCAUUCUCUAUGCGUAUAUCGCUUGAGGAUUGAAGAUACUGGACAUUAUUUGUGUAUUGAAACUACCAUAGACCGGUGA